AUGAGCGCGGCCCGAAACUCUGAGCUGGGCCUCUUUAUCUUGCGGAGCCAGGUCCUGGCGCUGUACCGCUCUUUUAUCCGCACCUGUCGACAAAUCCCCGCCAGUAACAGAGGUGAGGUCAUGUCGGAGGUGCGGCGCGAGUUCAGGUCGCAGCAGGACCCCUCAAAGCCGCGGGACGCCUAUGCCGUCAAGUACUUGCUUUCUGAUGGCAGGACCAAGCUGAAGAUGCUGCAAGAAAUGAUUGGCUUCAGGACCUGA